GCGCUUCUGAAAUCCAAUUUAUUAUCAGCUUGACAGUAGAAUUUUUGACGCCCAGCCUCUGUUCUUUCAUGCCCACUACCAUCAUCCAUUCAUUAAGACGAGUUGUCCCUUUUCAAACUUCUUUGAAAAUACCAGCGCAACGAUUUCGACCGGCAUUGAAUUAAUUGUCCCUCUCAGUGGGCCUCUGUCUUUCAUAGUCCUUGGUCAUCACGAACGCUUCUUCCUUUGUGAGAAAUUAACACUUCCUAAACUACCAUGACAAGUGUCAUCCCUAGGAGAAUGAUCUCCGGUCGGUUUGACUCUUUGCAACUUCCGUUCGACGUCCUGGCUCUUGUAAUAACAUUCCAUGCCGAUGUUUGUUCUUUGCUAGGCAUGAUGCAGACUUGUCGCGAUCUAUACCAAGUAGGGAUCCGCCACCUGGCAACCAAAGCCAAUGAUCUCGUUUUCUUCACGACACCUGAACAGAUCGCUUCAUUCUGCCUGUUUAUGCACGGAAACGUUGAAUAUCGCAGCUCAUUCCUGCGCCGCCUCUCUAUUGAGUUCAAUAUCUACAAGGAUUGGUCAAAAUCUUCUGAAGACUUCAAAUUGUUCGCAACAAUUCUGAGGCACGCAACCCGCUUGGAAUGCCUGGGCUUCUGGAACUUGGAAGAUUUCCUCAUUGACGUACCAGAAAUGGUGACAGCAAUCGCUUCUCUAACCUCUAUCACCUCGAUGGAUAUUGAGAGCCAAGAUACGUACACUUCAGACAACGCGUAUCGUAUGGUGCAGAAGAUGCAGUCGCCCGUUACGAACCUCACGCUAGGAGAAAUCUCAUCUGAAAAUUAUUCACCUUUGCCAUUUAUCGAAGCAUUCCAAAACAGCCUUCGCGAAUUGUCUAUUCAUGAUGCCAGUGACAUCUGCAUGGAGCUCUGGUCUUCCAAUAUCGUCGUACCUCGACUCGACCUCCUGGUACUACAUGGUUUAUGGCCUCACAACGCCGACAUCGAAUCUUUGAUUUUAGCGUUUCCAAACAUUUCACGUUUAUAUGCCUAUACCUUAACUGACGAUGAAACGGAUGAAGAUAGGGCAUUUCAACGGUCUGCCAAUCUCGAUGCACAGAAGUCUGUCUCUUGGCCAUCGCUCGAGAUCCUCUGCGGUGACGUCACGACGCUGUGGACAUUGGGUCUCACAUGUCGCGUCCGAUGCUUGAAAUUCUGGGAAUCUGUUUAUUGUGAAGAUCUUCCUUUAUUCAAGGAUAUAAUUCAAUGCUGCAAGCCCAAUUGGUUAUAUGUUAUUCUAAAAGGACGUGAGGAAGACUCGCCGGAGGGUCCAAAUCGACCUGUGCUGACGCUCCCACCGGUAGACAGGAUUCAGGGAAUGAUCGCUCAUGAUUUGCUUCAGCUUGAUCUUCGUAUCUACCUUAAUGGUAACUUCACGGUCAAGAGUUUCAAUCUACUUUUGGACCAAAUUAGAGAUCUGGGCAGCCUGACAUCGCUUCGGAUUUUGGGCUUGAGCAUAUAUGUUCACUGCGCUGGAUCUGAAUUAAUAGCGUUUCACUAGUCGACGAAGCAUGACACGAUUCUCGAAAUGUUGUCAUCCGGUUUCAAGUCUUCUUGUCGAAUUGACCUGGAAACUGGGGGGAACAUGGGAUUGCGUAAAGUCCAGUCUUCUUGGGAAAUCACACCUGCAGCCUCCGACGAGCCUGUCUUGAAGGAAAUUCCAUACACACAGGAUGUCUUCGACGACUCAGCUCCCUGAUGUAUCAUCACCGCCAUGUCAGGCUCGUCAAGGGAGUGAAGCUGGAAUCAAGUCUUGCGUUCGUU